AUGUUACCAUAUUUAUUCGUAGUGGAUAGCGCAUUUGCUCUAAAUAAGCAUAUGAUGAAGCCGUAUUCUGGUGUUUAUGACAAGGGCUAUGAAAAAAGAUUAUUCAAUUAUAGAUUAUCUAGGGCACGAAGAGUGGUAGAGAAUGCCUUUGGCAUUACUCAAUCCCGAAAAGUGACCAAUAUAACAAUGGCCUGUGCAUUGCUGCACAAUUUUUUAAGAAAAAGUAAAACUUCGUCUUCCAAUUAUUGUCCACAAGGAACAUUUGACUCGGAAAAAGAUGGUGAAAUUAUUCCAGGGUCAUGGCGUCAAAACCACAAUAACGAAGCAUCGUUCUUACCAAUUCGUAGAAUUCCCAGUAGGUCACCAAGCGAUGCGAAAGAAUUAGUUAGAGAAUUAUUCACAGAAUAUUUUAUGACGAACGGUGCUGUUCCGUGGCAAAACAAUUUUUAA